UGACCCGAUACGUUUCAUCGUCUAUAUAAAAGAAGAUCAUAGCAUCGAGAAGAAAACUUAUACGCAAAGCCCGUCUAUUGUUCAGAUGGAGCCUCACGAGGCAGAAGAGUUGCUCAAGUCUCAUCUGCGGGAGAAUAAUCUUUGGACCCAAGAUGAACCCAGGUCAUGGACCGUCGGUCGUUCUCCCCUCGGAGGUCGCGGCCUAUUCGCCAUGCGAGACGUUCGAGCCGGCGAGUUGAUCUUCACAGACGUUCCGCUGUUAAUAGGUCCACGAUGUUACAACAAGUAUCUGCCGAUGUGCGUCGUUUGUUACAAGAGCGACUGCCCUCUGUUCCCCUGCGAUCACGGCUGCGGUUUGCCAAUCUGUUCCACGGAAUGCGAGGAUUCCGUGGUGCAUAUCCAAGGGGAGUGCUGGUUCCUGAAAGGGUGGACGCCGACCUGUGGUUCCACCUGGUCCAAGGAUCUACUGCUCGCGGUAGUGCCAAUACGUGGUCUCACGUUGUCGGAAGAGCAACGUAAACUCUUGCAUGCUUUCGAGUGUCACGCUAAUCUUACUCGUAAUUACGAGAUCGACUUGCUCAAGAAAAACGUGGUCAGUCUCCCUAAUGAGGAACAACUGGAGCUCAUGAGACGCAUUUGCGGCGUCUUCAAUACGAAUUCGUUUGAAGUUGUGGUUGUAUCUUCACGGGACCAGGACCGCACCACGAGUUUACGUGGCCUUUAUCCAAUGGGCGCAUUCCAGAAUCAUUGCUGUGUGCCAAAUACUAGGCAUCACUUCGACGACCAGCAACGGAUGCACGUGAGCGCCGCGCUGCCUAUCGCCGCUGGCGAGGAGAUCACCAUGUCCUAUACCGAUCUGCUGUGGGACACAUCGAGCAGAAGACAGUUCCUAAAGGUCACCAAACGUUUCUCCUGCAACUGCAACAGGUGCUCCGACCCUCUGGAAUUCGGCUCGCAGCUCGGCGCGCUUCUCUGCGCGAUGGACGAUUGUUCGGGGCACCUGUUGCCUCGUAAUCCUCUCAAUUAUGAGUCAUCCUGGAUUUGCUACAAGUGCCAGACCAGCGUGAAUCACAGACAGAUUGAGUACAUUCAUUCGGGAUUGAACACAUUUGUAUCCGACGCUGUGUACAAAACUCCGCGGGAGAUUUUAAGAUUUACAGAAACAGUAUUAUCGAAAUUGGUACCUGCCACUAAUUACAUCUUGUUAGAUGUCAAGUAUCGUAUAAUUUCCUACUUUGGCAGAGCUUCUGAUCUCAAAUGGGAAAAUCUCACGGAUGCAGAACUUAGAAUUAAACAGGUGUAUUGUGAUGAUAUACUGUCUGCCUUAGACGCUUUGGAUUCUGGAGAUUCUAUUAAAAAAGGUCUUGUUUUAUAUGAGUUGUAUCGUACAAAUCUCGAAUUGUUUAAACGACAGAUUUCCAAUAAUGACGAACAGACACAUCCACAUAUAAAAGUAUGGCGAAUAAUUCAUUAUAUGUUUAUUAUACAUAUCUUAACUAUCGUUUUUAAUCUUCUUUCUUUUAGGACGACGAUAAUGAACGUUUAUUACAAAAGGCAAUGAGUAUACUACAAAAUGAUGUCGGUGCAGCCUGUGUUCGCAAAAGUGACUAAUGUAAUCGACUGAUUUGACACCAUUCAUAUUUAUGACUUUAGGGCGGGAAACUUAUAGUCAACCCAACUGGCUAAUUAUUUAAUCGAUUUAUUACACAACGUAAAUACAUUUU